AUGGGGUCAUUCAAUGUGAUGCCCUCGUAUAGCAACUACUUCACGCUUACCACCGCGACGAAGUCACUGAACACUGGUAUCAGCUAUAUGGGCGGCGCACUCAUGUCUCUUUUCGCCGGUUCACUGGUUGACUGGCGAGGGCGCAAAGAGUGCAUCUUCUGGUCUGCAGUCAUCACCAUGAUUGGGGGCAUCAUUCAAGGCGCUGCUCAGAACAUUGGCAUGUUCAUCGCUGGUCGCUUUAUCGUGGGGUUCGGACUGGGUCUUGCGCAGGUGUCGACUCCGACCUUGGUAGCCGAGACAGCACCUGUGCAGUGGAGAGGCUUCGCGUUGGGUAUGUAUUAUGCCUGCUGGGGCGUGGGCACACUUCUUGCCAGUGGGGUCUGCUACGGUACCCAAAAUAUGUCAUCGACAUGGGCAUGGCGCAUCCCUUCUGUGCUUCAAGCUGGCCCCUCGGUCUGCUGUAUGAUUAUCCUACUCUUCAUCCCAGAGUCGCCACGUUGGCUAGUCAGCCGCGGCAGGCAUGAAGAAGCUCUGGAAAUCCUCGCCAUCGCUAACACAGGCGGCGACGUUGCCUCGCCUAUUGUGCAAGUCCAGUUCAAAGAAAUCGAAGACACGCUCCGCUGGGAGAAAGAGCGCGAACUCUCCGUUUGGAAAGCACUGGCGCAGCCCGCUAACCGGAGACGUCUCCUCAUCACAUCAACUUUCUCAAUCAUGGUCAUGCUGCCUGGCACGAACAUCGUUAUCUUCUAUUUCGGCGACAUGCUGUCUAGUGCGGGUAUAAAGGAUCCAACGACGCAGUUGCAGAUCAACAUCAUCCUUACUUCGUGGACGCUGGUGGUUGCCAUCGUUGCAUCGUUCUAUGCGGACAAGAUAGGGCGUAAGACACUGUGUGCGUCGUCGCUCACCGCCGGCCUCGUCACUUUGUAUGUCCUCGCUGGAUUGACCGCCAGAUACGGCACGUCUGGGUAUGCACCCGGCGUGUAUGGUACCAUCGCUAUGAUAUUCAUCUACAACGCAACGUAUGCGUGGGGCAUCACACCCCUGACAGUGCUGUACCCACCCGAGGUCCUUUCUUUCGACAUCCGUGCAGUGGGUAUGGGCAUCUACACCUUCACUACUAAGCUUUGCGGAUUGUUUGUCACAUUGGUCGUUCCAUUCGGGCUCGCGGCGAUUGGAUGGAAGGUCUAUAUCAUCAAUGCGUCGGUCGAUAUUUUGAUGGUGAUUUUCGUGCUUUUGUUCUGGGUUGAGACCCGUGGUCUUACGCUUGAAGAGGUGGAUAAGAUAUUUGACGGUGUGAAGCAUUCUGAUGUGCCGGAUCUGGAGGCUGUCAAAGAGGGCAAGAUUGUGGAUCUUGACGUAGGCGAUGUGGCGUCGGUGACGCAGCAGCAAGUUGAGCUUGACGAGAAGAAGUCUUGA